CCCGGUGCCCGCCCCCGGCCCUCGGCCCGGCCGCCCGCCCCGCCAGCCCGCGGGCCUCGCCUGUGUCCUGCCGUCUGUCCGGCGCCAGGGGGAACCGGGGCAGAGGCGGCGGUUGCUGCCCUCGCUCUCCUGCUUGCUACUCACCAAAAUGGCGAACUUCACCCCAGUCGAUGGUAGCUCCAGCAACCAGUCUGUGCGACUGGUCACGUCAGCCCAUAACCGCUACGAGACGGUGGAGGUGGUCUUCAUCGCCACGGUCACGGGCUCGCUAAGCCUGGUGACCGUGGUGGGCAACAUUCUGGUGAUGCUCUCCAUCAAGGUCAACAGGCAGCUGCAGACGGUCAACAACUACUUCCUGUUCAGCCUGGCCUGCGCUGACCUCAUCAUUGGCGCCUUCUCCAUGAACCUGUACACUGUGUACAUCAUCAAGGGCUACUGGCCACUGGGCGCCGUGGUCUGUGACCUGUGGCUGGCCUUGGACUACGUAGUGAGCAAUGCCUCCGUCAUGAACCUGCUCAUCAUCAGCUUUGACCGCUAUUUCUGCGUCACCAAGCCCCUCACCUACCCUGCCCGCCGUACCACCAAGAUGGCUGGCCUCAUGAUCGCAGCCGCCUGGGUCCUGUCGUUUGUACUAUGGGCGCCUGCCAUCUUGUUUUGGCAGUUUGUGGUGGGCAAGAGGACCGUGCCGGACAACCAGUGCUUCAUCCAGUUCCUGUCCAACCCGGCAGUGACCUUUGGCACGGCCAUCGCCGCCUUCUACCUGCCCGUGGUCAUCAUGACGGUUCUCUAUAUCCACAUCUCCCUGGCCAGCCGCAGUCGAGUUCACAAGCACCGGCCCGAGGGCCCCAAGGAGAAGAAGGCCAAGACCCUGGCCUUCCUCAAAAGCCCCCUGAUGAAACAGAGUGUUAAGAAGCCCCCACCGCCUGGGGAAGUGGCCAGGGAGGAGCUGCGCAAUGGAAAGCUGGAGGAGGCCCCUCCGCCUGCCCUGCCACCACCCCCACGCCCCAUGGCUGACAAGGACACGUCCAAUGAAUCCAGCUCGGGCAGCGCCACCCAGAACACCAAGGAACGGCCACCCACGGAGCUGUCCACUGCCACGGAGGCCACUACACCUGCCCUGUCUGCCCCGCCCCUGCAGCCAAGGACCCUCAACCCGGCUUCCAAGUGGUCCAAGAUUCAGAUUGUGACAAAGCAGACAGGCAAUGAGUGUGUAACAGCCAUUGAGAUCGUACCCGCCACGCCGGCUGGCAUGCGCCCGGCUGCCAACGUGGCCCGCAAGUUCGCUAGCAUUGCUCGCAACCAAGUGCGCAAAAAGCGGCAGAUGGCAGCUCGGGAGCGCAAGGUGACUCGGACCAUCUUCGCCAUCCUCCUGGCCUUCAUCCUCACCUGGACGCCCUACAAUGUCAUGGUCCUGGUGAACACCUUCUGCCAGAGCUGCAUCCCCGAGACUGUGUGGUCCAUUGGUUACUGGCUCUGCUAUGUCAACAGCACCAUCAACCCUGCCUGCUACGCGCUCUGCAAUGCCACCUUCAAAAAGACUUUCCGGCACCUGCUGCUGUGCCAGUAUCGGAACAUCGGCACCGCCAGGUAGGCAGGCAGCAGAGCCCUAGGAGGGGCUGGUGUCGCAUGUGUGUGCUGGCUGGGGGACCGCACCGCGACCCAGGCUCACCUGCCAUGGGGGCAGAUGGCUGGAGCCCCCGCUCUUAUGGGCGCUGCAAGGCUGUGGAAGAGGAUGGAGGGCUCGAGGAGCCCAGGAGGUACCAGCUGCAUUCAGGGACCAGGUCUCUGCUCAGGCUGAGCAGGGGCAGCCCCCAGGAGUGUCUGACCUGGGACCCCUCCCUGGCCCAUCGUCCAGCCUCAGAGCACAGGGCAUACUGGCCUGGGCGGGAGCAAGCGGGCACCUGCUGCAUGGCGUCUAGCCGCAGGCAGAGCCAAGGGAAUAAACAUCUGGACAGGGGUGUGUGGAGGAGCCAAGGGGCGGGGCUCCGGAAAGGAGCGGAAAGGCGGGGUCCCCCAUCCUCCUGUCAUCGGUGCUUCCCGUCACCCCCCCCCCCACGCACCCUGCAUGUGGGCUCAACCUCCCCUGACCCCUCUCCCCAAAUCUCUCUGCAGGGGCAGAAAUAGCCUGGCUCCGGAUGGGGAGGGUGAUGUCACGGGAGGUUCAACUCAGGAAGUCUCAGCCUCCUGCAGCUCUGGGCUCAGCCCAGGGGCCAGCUUAGGCUGAAGGCCCCCCUCCCAGGGAGAGGGCAUGGCCCAGGCCCGGGAGGGGUAAGGGUGGUGGGCUGGGCUCCCAUCAUCCCCUACAGAGCUGAGGGAUGCCCUGGGCCCCCAGGGAGGUCA